UUCCCCACCCCGACCCGCCAGGAAAACGCGAGCCGUCGCCGCGCUCCCCAAGCCGCCUGCCCUCGGCCAACCGCCCCCAACGGCCGCUCGCGCGGCUCGCGGGGCCCCCUCGCUCCUCCCCUCAGGCCCUCGGCGCUCUUCCCUCCCGCCGCCUCUCGCCCCCCACCUCGCAGGCACGCCGCUGCUCGGGGCCGCCAUGCCCCAGCCGCAGGCCGUCCACGGGCCUAGGCGCGGCGGCCCGAGAUAGGGUCCCCUCCGCCUCCCGGGGGAGGAGAGAGGCAGCGAGCCGCGCGCUCCGCCCCCUCCCCCCGGGCCGCCGCCGCCGCCACCUCGCCGCCACAGCCUGGAGGGGAGGAGGAGGAGGAGCAGCAGGCCUCCGGGCCCUGGCACCGCCGCCCGCAGGACAUUUCUGGUUCAUUUGCAUCUUUGACAGCAUCUGUAGAAGAGGAAGGAAAAGAUGGGUGUGAAAACAUUUACUCAUAGCUCCUCUUCUCACAGCCAGGAAAUGCUUGGAAAGCUAAACAUGCUGCGAAAUGAUGGACAUUUUUGUGAUAUCACUAUUCGUGUCCAGGACAAAAUCUUCCGGGCACAUAAGGUGGUACUAGCAGCUUGCAGUGAUUUCUUUCGCACCAAACUUGUAGGCCAAGCAGAGGAUGAGAACAAGAAUGUGUUGGAUUUGCAUCAUGUUACAGUGACUGGCUUUAUACCCCUCUUAGAAUAUGCUUAUACAGCCACUCUGUCAAUUAACACAGAAAAUAUCAUUGAUGUUCUAGCUGCAGCCAGCUAUAUGCAAAUGUUCAGUGUUGCUAGUACCUGCUCGGAAUUCAUGAAAUCAAGCAUUUUAUGGAAUACACCCAACAGCCAACCAGAAAAGAGUCUAGAUGCUGGACAAGAAAAUAACUCUAACUGCAAUUUUACGUCUCGAGAUGGAAGCAUUUCUCCAGUGUCUUCAGAGUGCAGUGUGGUAGAAAGAACCAUUCCUGUCUGUCGAGAAUCCCGGAGAAAGCGCAAAAGCUACAUUGUUAUGUCUCCUGAAAGUCCUGUAAAGUGUAGCACACAAACAAGUUCUCCCCAGGUUUUGAAUUCUUCAGCUUCUUACUCAGAAAAUAGAAAUCAGCCAGUUGACUCUUCUCUAGCUUUUCCCUGGACUUUUCCUUUUGGAAUUGAUCGAAGGAUUCAGCCUGAUAAGGUUAAGCAAGCAGAAGGUACCCGGACUUUAGAAUUACCUGGGCCAUCUGAGACAGGUAGAAGAAUGCCCGAUUAUGUGACUUGUGAGAGCACAAAAACUGCCUUGCCUCUGGGUACCGAGGAAGAUGUCCGGGUCAAAGUUGAAAGGUUGAGUGAUGAGGAGGUCCAUGAGGAAGUAUCCCAGCCUGUCAGUGCAUCUCAGAGCUCACUGAGUGAUCAGCAAACAGUGCCAGGAAGUGAACAAGUUCAAGAGGACCUUCUGAUUAGUCCACAGUCUUCCUCUAUAGGUUCAGUAGAUGAAGGCGUCACUGAAGGGUUACCUACACUUCAAAGCACUUCUAGUACCAAUGCUCAUGCAGACGAUGAUGAUAGAUUGGAAAAUGUUCAGUAUCCCUAUCAACUCUACAUUGCUCCUUCCACCAGCAGCACAGAACGACCAAGUCCAAAUGGUCCAGAUAGACCUUUUCAGUGUCCAACCUGUGGGGUGCGGUUCACCCGUAUUCAGAACCUGAAACAGCACAUGCUCAUCCACUCAGGAAUUAAACCAUUUCAGUGUGACCGCUGUGGGAAAAAAUUCACCAGGGCUUACUCGCUAAAGAUGCAUCGCCUAAAGCAUGAAGGUAAACGCUGUUUCCGGUGCCAGAUAUGUAGUGCCACUUUCACUUCCUUCGGGGAAUAUAAACACCACAUGAGGGUUUCCCGGCACAUUAUCCGCAAGCCUCGGAUUUACGAGUGCAAAACAUGUGGCGCCAUGUUCACCAACUCUGGAAAUUUAAUCGUGCACCUGAGGAGUCUGAACCAUGAAGCGUCAGAGCUAGCAAACUACUUCCAGAGCAGUGAUUUCCUAGUACCGGACUACUUAAACCAGGAGCAAGAAGAGACCCUUGUUCAGUAUGAUCUUGGAGAACACAGUUUUGAAAGCAACUCCUCUGUUCAAAUGCCUGUAAUUUCACAGGUCUCCUCGACCCAGAAUUGUGAAAGCACUUUUCCCUUGGGGUCUCUUGGUGGGCUGGCAGAAAAAGAGGAAGAAAUGCCAGAGCAGCCAAAGACCAGUGCUGGUGCCGAGGCAACCAGAGUUGACCCCCCAAAAUCAGAGCUGUCAUCUAUAACCAUUGAGUAAUUUCAUGAUUUGGCUUCAUUUUUGAUUUUUGGAAAGUGCCUGUGCUUGGUCUUGUACAUUUAAAUUUAAUUUAAUUUUCUAAACAAAAAAGGGUUUGGGAAAGAAUUCUCCUUUUACUCUGUAAGUCCUGCAAUUGAUGUUUUAUUUUUCAUGACUGAGAGAUUGUGUCUAUAAGUGCACAAUGACAUGGUGGAACAAAAUAGAAACUUUGAGACUUAGGGAGAACCAGUUGACUUAAAACUUAUUUUCAGUUUCUUCUUCCAGUGUUAGGAAUGGGCUAACAAUGGAUCAUUAGGUCAAAAAGAAACAAGAUAAUUGUUGACCUUCUGAGAUGAAAGGGAAUACCAGAAAUAUUACUAAACAAAUUUGGCAGAUAGCCUGAAUAGAUGUUUACUUCUAUACACAGGACAGUGUACAAUUUUUUGUAAAGCCUGUUGUUUUUGGAAGUAUUUAUGGUGAGCUUUCUUAAAAAUUAUUAUAGUAUGUACUUCUGAAAUCCAACGUAUUCUUUUUUUUUAAGCUUUAUCAUUUUGAUUUUUCAUGGUAAAAAUUUGAUACUGGGGUAGAUAUUUCCUGUACCUUAUAGUACCAUUCCUCCAAAUAAUCUUCUAUUAAAGGAGGCAAAGAACCAUGGUUGAGAAUAGUUAAGCUGUGCAUGAAAUGGCCAGGAGUGUAAAAUAUGUAGUAUGUAGAUCUCAGCUUCAUAGAAACUCUGCUUUUCUGGCUAAAAUUGUUGUUUACCUGGUCUUUGAAUUUUACUGCCUGGCUAAUUAGGUCAUUACCUAAAUCAGUUUUUGUCUUACCCCAUCAAGAGUACUUUCUCUUGCCUACACUUGGCGUGAUCCCAUAAGAAGGAAAAAAUACUGGAGAUGUUCUAUAUUUUAUAUAUAGGUUUUGUGUAUUGUUGGGGAUGUUUUUAUUGUACUGUUUUGAACAAAAUAAAGAAUUCUCUGUUAAGGCUACAUUCUUAACCCAACUGAGAUUGUUUACAAAAAAUCUAUAUUACAAUGAUACAUUGUUCUUAUUCCAAAAUAUUUUUAGAUAUUGCCAAAUGUCUUAUUAAAAACAGUAUAGUUUUUACACAUCGUAAGCAAUAAAGUAGAAGAUGAGAAAAAGCUAUAAAAUGAUGAUCUAUGACUCAAAUCUGGGUAAAAGAAAAAAGAAUUAAGACUAAAGAAAAACUAGAAUUCUUAAAUUAAUGAGUAUUACCGCUUUUGCUGCUAAAAAAAAAAAUGACACUUUCUAGUUUAUAGUUAAUAUAUAUGAUACUCUCGGCUGGAGUAUAUGUUUUAUCUGUUGCCAUUGACUUUGAUUCUAAAUAUUCAUGACUCCGUGAACAAUGAACUUUUUUUUUUGUUUUGGCUAUACCUGCAGCAUGUGAAAAAAGUUCCCAGGCCAAGGUUUAAACCCAAGCCACAGCAGUGACAACAUUGAAUCCUUAACCACUAGGCCAGCAGGGGACUCCCAAUAAUGAGCUUUUGAGUAACUUUUUUCUUUGUUAUUCCUAAAAUUUAAUACUUACGAAAGCACCUGAUUAGAUUAGAAGAUUACAGUUUCUUUCUCAGAACAUAAAAUCUCAAUUUUGUCUGGGUGCUACACCUUAAUAUAAAAUAUUUUUUUAGGUUAAUACGGAUUUAAUUAUUUCAGUUUUUUUUUUAAUUGGCUAAUUCUAUAACUUAUCCCCCACAAAUGUUAAAGGAAGUAAACUCAUUAGAGAUUUUUUUCGAUUAAUAUUCCUUUGUCUCUUUCCAUGUUCUGCUCUUUUCAACUUGUUUCCAAUUUCUUUUCUCAUUUACUAACCUUUGUUUCCUAUUUGCUCCCAAAUAUAGGCUAUAGUACCUUCAGGAAAAUCAACAUAUAUAGAUUAUGAUGGCCUUCCAUCAUUUAGGCUUCUUUACUACUAGGUUGAAUUACUUUCUGCAACAGACUGUGGUACUCCUUAAUAGUGAUACUGCUGUGUCUCAGCGGGAAAGGUCAAGAAUUUUUUAAAAUCAUAUAGGUUCUUUGGAAACUAUUAUGCCUACCAGUAGAUAAAUCUCAGUUAAUUUUAGAGUCUUACAUGGACAAAGAUUAGAUAAAAUUAUGACCAGGAGUCAUUGUUGCUCUCAGUUCUAAGAAGGAAGAAAGAAAAGAACAAAGAAAUAGGGUUAAUGAGAAGAAAUACAUCAGAACCACUUGUAGAUCUGUUGGUUAAAAGGGUUUUAGCACACCCCCUGUCCUGAAUAUUUUGCAUUAAGAGUCUCCUACACAAUUUUGGCAGCUCUGAGUUGUUCAGUGUUCUCAGAAUGUAGGAUUACCAUCACUGGCUAUUUUUUGCCAAAUAGACCUUUAGAUUUUCAUUGGUAAUUACAAAUUAUAUAGAUUUCCAAGUUUUGUGAAAUAUUUGACUCUACUGUGAAAAUGCCUAUUGUUGGCUGUGUGCUCUCCAAAUCUUACCGAUACAGGUAACUAACUAGUACUGAAAAUAUGAUAUAAACGAAGGAUUUUUUUCCCCGUUUCACUGAGGCGCUACAUUUUCCUUGAUAAUACGGCUUAAAGAUAUUUAGCUUAUGGAUCAGUUUUUGGAAACUAAGUUAUGGGGGAAAUUACGCAUAGUGUUAUUUAGAUUUAUUUAAAAUUCAUCUAAGACAAAGAUGCCUGGAUGUGUAAUUUUUACUAGAAUAUAUGGAAAACAUUGCAAAGAGAUGAAAGCCAAUUACAUUAUCUCAUCCAUUAGAAAUUACUAGUAUAACUAAACAUUAAAAAUUCCAGUUUGGAAUACCUUAGCUUAGCUGUCUUAAAGGCCCAAAACUUUGUGGUAUUGAAAGGGCUUAAAUUUUAGGAUACAGGAUAAAUUGCCUUUUUAAACCAAGUCUUUUAUAUAAGAAAAGCAUGUAUUUUUCAUUUUAAAGCUACCAAAUAGGUAUGAUAUGCAUACGUUAGAAAUGAGCAAAGAUUUUUGCUGUGACAAGGUAUGUCAAUCUCCUGCAGUCAUUUGUUCCCUUUGUAAGGGUAUGUAUUCUAACAGUGGUAGCAUCUAGCAUGUCAGCGAUUGUACUAAUUCAGAAACGAAAGCAUUCAUAUUGGUUUUUGUUUUUUUUUUAAUUUUACAUUUUUGAGAAAGGGAUGCAGAUGGAGGUUAUCACCCGUAAGUGAAUUUAAAUUGAUAUUUCUUGCAUUGAAUUUGAAGUAAUUUUCUUAAUUUUUUUAGAUAAUUUAGUUAUAUUCACAGUUUUUAAAGUUCUCAAUUUCAUUGAGACAAAGUGUACUAAAAUGUUUAAAUAGCCUCAUUCAUUCUUUAUUUUAACAUUUCAGCAGCCACUCUGGCUUACAGCACUUACAUUCUGAUUCCAUGCUAUGACACAUGCCCUGUGAUUUUAAAAAUAAAACUUCCAUUUUGUUCAAACAUUUUACUAAGUGGAAUGAAUUAGCACAUCUAAUGUACUUAUCAUUGGUAACCCCCUUACCUUCCAACUACUGAGCCAGUCUCUCCCCACGUAUAAAUGGUUCUCCCAGAGCCUUUGGAAGACUCUUGAGUCUCUUACUAUUUUUUAUUCUCGUACUUAAUCUAAAAAGAGGCCAGUUACCAGUUUAGUGAUUUUUAUUUUGAAGGUUCUCAGAUUAUGUUUUAGUUUCUUUUAGCUUUAUAGCCCCUGAAAAUUACAUCACUAUGUAGGUAAAUUCGUGCUAGUAUACCACAUGGAUAGAAUUAUUUUUAUUGCUUGAUAAAUGAACAAUUCUGAAAUCAUAAUAUUAUAACCAAAAGGAGUUUGGAAUUUAAGGAAUUAAUAGAAAGAAUUAGAAACUCGUGGCAUUUAUUCCGUUUUCACCCAUCUGUAAAAUGUGAAUUUAUAGCUCUGGAAUAUAUAAGUGAGGAAGAAUAGCUUUCUAGUUUAGUUGGGAGGGGAAAAAAACAGUGAAGUUCACAUUUGGAAGCAAUCCAAAGUUGCCAAAAGGUAGUAAAUGUGGUUUUCACUGUAAGUUAUUGACAUAAGAGGAUUUAUUUAGAUUUAGAUUUUAAAAAUUACUGAGAGAAGAAUGCAUAGAUUUUCUUCUCUGAAUCAGUGGGACAGGAUUGAUGAGCCCUGUUACAGUAACCAUGUCUAUGAGGAAUAUUUAUGACAGAGCAUAUCCUACAGGUUUUAAGCUCAAAUUGUCAAAUUUAAAGUAACUUACUCCUUGUUUUGCCUAUACCCAUUUUUAUCAUUCAGUAUCAUUUUGCUUGAUAGAGUAUUGCUGACAUAGGGUAUGUUUAUUUGGAAGGUCCUCAGCCAGACAGAUUUGCCAAAAGCAAUAAUGGUUCAGAUUAACAAUGAAGUGGAAUUGAACUAAAUUCUAGAUUCAGCUAAGAAGCAGACAUUAUUUGGGUAUUUCAUUUUUAGAUUAUAAGUAUGUUGAGAUUUAUUAAUGAGAAGUUAAGUCAGAUUAUGGGAUGAAGACUCGAUGACAUCAUAGUUAAUACUUUUUUAAAAAACUUCAUAUUCAACUAAUACAGUUAAUGUAUUUCUACUACAUCAUAGUGAUUAUAUUUUUAUGAUAAAAAAUAAUAGUUCCAUAUCUUACAGAUAAUCUCUGCAGACAUGUCAGGCAAUGAUGUUAUUGGCAUCUCCGUUUGGCAGCAUCCAAGAAACAAGUCUGCCUUAAAAUGUGUGUCCUACUUGGGGUAUGUAGCUCCCUUUGCAUAGGGACCAUAUGGCCAGUUCCAGCUAGUACCAAGGUUUCUAUGUACAUAAUAGUUUACAAAGAAUUUAAGAUUCAGACCAUUGGUUGAAAAUAACUUUAAAAAAAAUUUUUUUUAACUUAAAAUUCAGUUUGAAGUGCCUGGUUUAUAAAAUCAGAUUCCUUGAUUAUGCCUUUCUCUUUUAAAUUGACUAAUUUUACUGAUUAAACUUAAAGCCCUGGGCUCAAUUGUGAUGACUUACUGAUAAAAUUGUUGCUUGGUGGUGGGAGGGCCUACAGUGCUAUGACUUUUAUUAAAUUGUCCUUGUUUUCCCAAAUACCAAUGUAACCAUGAGAUUUCAUUACUCAGUUACGCAAGUUAAAAAAUCACCCUGUAAAUGACUGUUUGGGUUACCAAGUACAUUGUCUGCUGAGGAAGGGUACAUCUUCCUGACAUUACAAGGAGCCAUCAUCUCCUCUAAACACACGCUCUUUCCUUGGAUUUGGUGGAGGCUGUAUUCAUUUAAAGGUGGGAAACUUUUUGUGCAGUUCCUAGAAACACCUGCUUUUUCUAGAAAGAACCUUUUCUAUGAUAGGUUAUGAUUGUGUUUUCUCUAAGAGCUUUUAUUUCAGUUUCACUUUUCAAGUUAACAAAUGCUAUGUAAAGUCUCUCAUACUGAGAGUAGUCCAUUAAAUUAUUGAAAGUUGCACUGCUGUUGAUCUUUCAGGUGCCUGAAGUGAAUGCCAUCAGGUGUUGGGAAGAAGUAAGAUCAGAAACUUUAUUCAUUUUCUUCCGUAUACGAAGUGAUGGCUUCUGAUGCUUAUAUUUCAAGAUAUUUUUUUAAAAUACAACUGUCCCUAUUAGAGCAAAAUUUAAUUUCAGUGCAGGUCCCAGUAAUAUGUUUGAUUUCUCUGUUAUUGCUGGUGCCUCAUGUUGCAUCAGAUAGAGAUUGCCUGCCUCUUUGUAGGGCACCCUUGUGGCACCUUAUGUCCAGUUGGAAGAUAGUAUAUGGCUUCUUUGUGCCUCUGCUAUCUUUUCAAAAGCCAUUUUAUAAAAAUCCUAGGUAGCCUAUUUUAAUAUUUAAAUAUAUAUAUUUGUGAGAGAUACUUUUAGAAGACUUUUUUUUUUUUUUUUUACUUUAAAUUUCUGUACUCCCAUUUUUAAGAGUAAACUUUCCAGGAUUUGAACUUAUCUUUUUCCACAGCAGCAAAAUGAAAAAGUCAGUUUGAGAUAAUAGACCAUAAUUCAGUGAUAGAAGAAAUUGAUGUCUGGGUAUCGGAAACAUAUGUGAAAGGAAAAAAUUGUUUUGAUGUAACAGAAAUGAAUUUUUAAAUAAAAUUAUGUUUUUGUUUAUGUAUUUCAUAUUUGCUGCUAUAGUAGCUCAGUAUUUUACAGAGCUAACGUAUAAAUCUGGCUCCAUUUAAAAACUGGAGUACUUUCUAGGACAACCAGCCUAGGAGGAAACUGUGCACCACAGUCUUCUAGAUGGGUGACCGACGGCUUUAUUUAGCUGAUGCAUGCUUUAACAUUUGCCUAUAGCCCAACAUCAAGGAAGUUUGUGAGAAACUUUUCUCUUGCUAGUUACAACAUUAUGAUUCUUUUGGGGCACUGGCAUUUUGUGAAACCCUUGGGGGAGGGAGGGUGAUGCUGGGGAAGAAAUGUGAAUUGAACUGUGUGGGUGGGUGUUUCCAUGUCUUCUACCCUCUCCUAGAACCAGUACAACUUUCUUACCUGUGCCAGGCCCUGGUUCACCAGCUUUGUAUCCAGUUAUCAUCUCAUUCGAGUUUGGCUUUACUUGGUAACAGUGGCCAUAGCUAAGUUAUUUGGCAUGUUUGACUUUCAACAGUAACAGAAAUGGUUUUGGAUUUUGUUUUAUUUACUAAAAAUGUAUACAAUGUCAGAACUUCACAUUUUAUAUACUAGUAUCUGGCUAUUAGUAUUUUACAGAGGAACCAUAGUUCUUGGUGACAACAUAUAUAUAUAUUUUUGUGACUUUUUUGUAUACUAAGUGCCGUUUCAAUGUUACAAUCAUUUUUAGAGUUAUUGUAAUCAAUGUGAAUAUCAUGUUUUUUCAAAUCUGUUCUGAGCCUAUAGUGUUUGCUUUGUGAAUAUAUGUGUAUUGUAUAUAUUCUGUAUAGUUACAUUGUACUGAAAUAUUAGCUUGUUUGAUAUAAGGAAAGUAUGUAUUGAUACUUUUUUGCUAGCCUGGUUGUUUAAUCUUUUUUUUAAAAGGUUUCAACUUUUUAAAAACAAAAAAAAAACAACAAAAAAAAACCUUUAAACUGGCCUUUAUUACAUGGUCACAAAUUAAAGUUGCAGUUAGAAGGGAUGGGCCGGGAAAAAAUAGUUUUGAGUGUCUUUGGAUAGAAACAUAAGAAUAAGAUUUGUUUGGGUUUUUUUCCUCCUUCAUUAAAAUAUCUUAUUAAUGA